CCCACAACUACAACCACAACACCAACAUCUACAACACCUACAACAACUAGCACAACACCAACAACUACAACUACAACACCUACAACAACAACAGCUCCCACAACUACAACCACAACACCAACAACUACAACGACCACUACAACUCCCACAACUACAGCCACAACGCCAUCAACAACCAGAACCCCAACAACUUCUACUACAACACCAACAACUACCACUAUAAUCCCUCCAACCACAACUUCUACGACUGCAACCGCAUCCCUAACAACUGCAACUACAACCCUCACAGCAAAAAACACAACACCAAAAACAACAACCCCCAUACUUACAACCACAAUACCAAUUAGUACUACCAACACCGCAACACCUACAGCGUUUACUAGGUCUACCACAAUGAGCAGGCCCAUCACUUCAAAAACGGUUCCUGGAACCAAGGUGACUACUCUAAAUUCAAAACCAUCAAAGAAGACGGAUCCUGGCAUAACUAUCAGCAAGCAAAUUGUAACGCCUGAUGACACCUCUUCGCCUACAAAUAUCCCAAACAUUUCCAAGUCGAGGGAAACAGUUUCGCCUAAACCGGGGAAGUCCACAACAGUCAAAUCAUCGACUCCGAUCGUUCCCCCUUCGAGGCCAGGCGUGGAGAGGCAAACUGGGAGUGGAGUUGUAUCCGUUUUGAAAGAAAAUGCGACAUUUAUAGGAGGCGGCGCGGCAGGGUUGGUCGCUAUUAUCGUGUUAAUAGUAGUCACCGUUGUAAUAUGUCGACGCAGACGGAGUGGGCCAGAGGAUAAAGUUUUAAUUCUAGAUAACAGCGAUUCGCCUAAUGUGCCUCCCAAGAUACGCUCAAAGAAAACGUCAUCCAGCGGCAAGGCCGGCGACCAAGUCGGUUUCCAAAACCCGAUAUAUGACUUGUCUAACGAAUGCGAUGCAUAGCAAGUGUUUUAGGUGUGGGAUAUUGUGUAAGAAACAUAACAAAUGCCGUGACAAUAGACAGACUGAAAUUGCCGCACUUUUACGUUUUCUUUUUAAUAAGAUUUUUUCCAACAUGUAGUCGCUCAGUGACAUUCUUUACGAAAUCGGUUGCAACGUAAAUGAUAUGGAAUUUCACUCACCUCUAUACUGUUAUUGCAAGGUAAUUUUGUGCUGAGAGUUCACAAACUGGCUCCUUGUUUUACAAAACAUUUAAAUUACGUCAACAUGGAAUCGUUUUAUCGAAAUCAUAAGUUCACAAACAUUUAUGUUGUAGCAUACCUAAACAAUCGUCAAAUACCAGUGUUAAAUUUAAAAGUUUUUAAUGAACGCCAAAUUGAGAACUGUCAGACCUGCAAAGCCAUACAUACUGUAUAACUGGCACGUAAUAUAUUUGAAAACAACAUUUUUCAUAUCCUUAUCGCAAUUAAAACAAUUCUUGUGCCAAUAUUGUAUUAAAUAGUAAAAUAAAUAUUUCUAUAAACAACCCAAUUAUUUCAGCUGCUUAUA